AUUAGCAUGUGGCUCAUUGAACACGGGUGGAAAACAUGCACUGUCGACACUUUUAAAAUAAUGAGCAUUAAGUGCUUGUUCGUGGCUUUUGUGUUGAGCGUGCAUGCAUUGUCUUUAAUUCCAAAUAUUGUUUGCAGUCCGCCUUCCGUGCUUUAAUUGUUUAAUUGUUAUUUUAUCUUAUUUUCCAAAACUUGUGAUCCUGUCACCUCUGAUGAUAGUACAUCGCCAGGAGUCUCUGCGUGACCUUAAGCACUGCAGUGUGACAUUGCAUCACUUAUUUGUUAUUUGUGAUGGCAGCCUAUCAGAAAGGUCGAGUUGAUGUGGAAGAGGACAUUUUGUUCAAAAUUCAAAUGCUAAUAGCAAAUCGUUCUUGAAAACAGCAUUCAUGCUUACAUACUUGCACGAAAUUUCAUAUUAAUGAGCUUCACAAGUUUUCCCCUAUGCAGUCCUGAGUUGCUACAUGUGUAGUACUACUAAAAAAUGCACAGAUUGAUCUUGAAUGGCCUUGAGUAAAGGCAAAAGCCUUAUUAUAGGUUGAACCCAGACUGGCAAAGUAUAUUCGAAGUUAGAUCUUACAGGGGCUUAUUUCAAUAGUAGAAAUACCGUUUGGUUCGCAUUAUAUCACAUAAUAACCCCAAGUUUGCCAGGACAGUGCAAAUACCUUUGUAUUAUACGAAGCAACAGCAGGAAGAACAGACUAAUUUUUUAUAGAACCUGCUAAUGUUGUCAUUGGGUGACAUUUACAUCACUUUGCACCUAUUGGCAUUAAGUUUCGUUAACCAGUGAUGACACCAAGAAGAGACAUUGUCAAAAUCCAUUUGUAGUGAAAGGUAAUUUAUUUAUUUAUUCAGUUUACCUGACAGGCUCGGAGGAGCAUUGGGUAGGGGGGUACAGAAAAAUGACAAAUAUUUAAGGCAGAAAAGGGAUCUACAAAGUAGGAGAAACAAGUAAGUUUGUACACUGGAAGAAAAAGGAACACUGAUAAACAUUGGAAAAAAUCCGUACAAAGUCAAGGGAGUACAAUGCAAAACAAAGUCGAACAACAUAGGCAAGCGAACAUGUGAAGUUCCAAGAGUUAAUGAAAUUUGGCAGGAUCUUUUCAAAAACAAUAUUAUUCGGAAGGCUAUUCCAUUGUGCGAUGGCGUGCGGUAAUGCAAAGUUAUUGAAUGACUGUGUGUGGCCAAAAAUGUGCCUGAAACUGAGAUGGUUAUGAAGUCGAGUAGAUGUGCGAGAAGGAAUUUCAAGCGACAAACGGCUCGACCAUGAGUUAUAGUAGCAUUUAUGAAAGAGUUAUAGAAGGGCAACAGAGCGGCGGGAAUCCGAGUCCGGAAAGGGAACAUCGCGUUUAAUUUGGGUAAUGCUUGAUUGACGGCUGUAAUUAGAAGUUAUAAAGCGGGCAGCACGAUUUUGGAUGGAUUGCCAGGGUACGUUAUUUCACAAGUGACAUAGUCUUCAGUAAGAAGCUUAAUAGUGGAUGUUACAAUGUUCAGGAAAGUUCUUGGAGGGCCCUAAACACUAUUUAGCAAAAUUGUGGAAGUUAUGGACUAAAGGGCAUCACUCAUGAAUAUCCUCCAGCAUUACAUAUCAAGAGUUAUUGGCAAAAGUUACCCUUCAACCUCAUGCAUGGUGCUCACACUCCUUCCACACUGUGCAUCUUGUAGGCUAAAGAGGGGCAGGCUCUUGCACCCAUUCAUCCACCCACUAUACUUGUCACCCAGCAUUCAGCUUACCCAGCAUUCAGUGCUUCUAUACUUCUCUGUGACAUGAUGUUUCUUUUGUUUUUCUUUGGUGUUGUGAGAGCUACUACUAGUUGUUUGGUGCUAAUGACUUGCUAAACUCAAGAGGCUCUAGCUCGACUUAAGGUCAAGGUAAAAAUGCUGCCAUAUGAAGCAGUAAUGCAGAACCAGUGCUUAAAUUUUUCUAAUUGACAGCCCCAUGCAAACGAAGUUCAUCGAAGUAAUUUUUCAUUGGAAAUUUGUUUUAUAGCAACAGUUACUUUCAAUAGCCUCUUUGUACCAUCCAAUGGUUCUGUACCCUUCAUCAUUGGCCACAGCCAUAACGCCACAAUUGACAGAAAUCUUUAAAAUAUAUUUUUCAAAGGGAGUGUUGCUAAACAUCUAAAUAUGGCAACAAGCACACUACAAGAUGUCGUUAUUCAUUUUGGCUGAGCAUUAUGCAACGAAACUAAUUCAUUGACUGUAAAGCACUUCUGUAAAAAAGUUAAGUUGCAUGCUGAAUCUUAUAAAAUUCCAUGUACUACCCAUGAUUCCCAUGGUGGUUGACUGCAGUGCCAGAGUUAUCUUUACUAAGCUUGGUAUGACAGUGUCUAAGGGGUGAUCCAUGGCUAAGAGUAAUUUUCACACGCACGCACACAUAAAAAAAAGAAAAAUAAAUUUAUGUUGUGGGGAGCACCCGCCUCCAUUUCCUCCCGCGUACCCACGUCGUCCCGUUCGCACGUGGCGGACGGGUCGUGCCGGCAUAGACAAGGAGAGGCACUACGCGCCCUCCCUUUCUCCGUCGCUCUUGUGAUGCGCGUACCCCUCUCCCCCCACGCGGCUCACGGGAAAGGGAAAUGUAUCUGGCGGGCGAGGAGGACUUCCCCUCGCAAAAAGGUAAAAAGGCAUAAAAGUGCGCCACCGGGAGAGACUCUCUCUUGGGACGCCGACACCUGGACCGCCUGGACGAAAACACCUGCCGCAUCCCAGGCCAGAAGAUCAGAAGCUGAUCUAUUCAGGACAGCUGCUAGAAGAUGAAACAGCUUUGAAAGAUGUGUUUCGAAUGGAUCUUGGGAAGACACACAUCCUUCACCUGGUUUGCAGGCCAGCAAGAGACUCUCCUGAUGGUUCACAUUCUCCCAUUCCCCUUAUGGCUAUGAGCCAGCCUGAUUUGGGCAUGGCUGGUGGGUCAACAUCAAAUGUGCCUUCGACUUCGUCUGUGGCCUCAGCUUCAUCAGCUGUUGGCAGUGAUGGGCUUCGGCAUAGAAGCGCCAGCUCUGGUGCAGUGCCCAAUGGUCAGAUGCCUUUUGCUGUGGGAAUGCCAGCAGGAGCAUCAAGCCCCGAGCAGCUGAUUCAGCAGGUGGCUCUUGCUCAGCAAUUGUAUGCACACUACUUCACCCAGUACAUGCAUCUCAUGCACCAGGCAGCACCUGCCCCUGUGGCCCAAGCCAAUGCUCCAGUUCCACCCAGCCCACAAGCUGCAGCGCCUGCUGCUCCUGCAGCGCCUCCUCCAGCACCACGCGUUGCCCCAGACAACAGAGGACCGCGCAUGAAUGCCCAGGGUGGCCCACUGCUGGAUGAGGAGGAAGAGGAAGCGGCUCAACGUGACUGGCUGGACUGGGUUUACACUGUGAGCAGGGCAACUGUCCUGCUGAGCAUUGUCUACUUCUACUCCUCCUUCGGAAGGUUCCUUGUCGUCACUGGCAUCGCUCUGCUUAUGUACCUGUACCAAGGAGGCUGGUUUGCAGCUCCACGGCAGCCACAGCAGCCAGAGCGUGGGCACGACCGGAAUCGUGCGAGAGAGGCCAACCAGCAGCAGCAGGCAGACCAUCCUGCUGCCGAGAUUCAGGAGAGACCACAGGGACAGGCUGGCCCAGAGCAACUUGAAGAAGCAAUGGACCAAGAUGGCAGUGGGGAAGUAGCACCAAACCCACCACCACCAGAGCCUGAGGUGUCACCCAUCACAACAGCCUGGACAUUUGUGGCAACCUUCUUCACCUCGCUUAUCCCAGAACAGCCACCACCGGUUAACGCCAACUGAAGUUCCUCCUCUGUCGGCAUUUUUUUUUUCUUUCGAUGUUCGAUAGAGAGACUUGAAUGUUUAUAGAGAUGGAAAAAAAUGCAUGGCACAAGGAGCUGUAUUAAUGAAGCAUGUGGCCAAGACACAGUCUUGUGCUUGCCAUCUAUCUCUUAUAAGCUCAGAGCUUCCCUGAAGAAUGUACCAUUAGUAACAUUUGAAAAAAACAAAGGCAAGCUGGUGGUGUGUACCACAUAUCAGGCAUACAGUAAGAGGCCAUGUUAAAUAUCCUUGUUCAGUCUUUUUUCCAAGAGCCACUCCUAUACUUUCAGUGUUUCUGUCAUGCUAAGUCUAACCUGAGGAUAACCCUCUUCGCAGAUUAUUUGGAGUCUUUUUUUUUGUUGUUGUUGUUGUUGUGUGUGUGUUUGUGUGUGUGUGUGCGUGUGUGUGUGUCUGUGUAUGUGCAAUAUUCAUACAACAGGGCCCUAUUUCUGAGUAUGAGCAAGUGUACGGUGUAAUAUAGUAGAAUCUCGGUGAUAUGAUCUCCGUUUCAAGGUGAUACAAAUUUGUAAAUUUCCCUGGCUUUACUGCAUUUUGUGCAAUGCUCAAAAUUUCGGGCGAUACGAACACUUCUCAAUGCCAUUCCAGAUGAAAACCCACAAGCUGAAACUGCUUGCAAUAAUAUGGUGGGAGGGCCAUGACAGCAGAAAAAUGUUAUUGCAGUUAAGCAGGCAAGCUGCGUAGUCUGCCACUCCCUUGAGUGUUGUAGGAAAGGGCUUCUCGUUACUUGAUUGUGGAGCUGCUCAUUGAUGCUUUCACUGCACAGCCUGACCAUCAGGCAUUCAAGCUUGAUGAAUGAGCUCUAAUGAAUUAGCUAUGAGUUGUGAGCUAGGAAGUUGGCUCAUAUAUCCGUUCACUUGUGCAUUUGCAACAGUUACCUCCUGUGCCUCCAUGCUGAGGCAAUUGACAUCAGAGGCGCACUGCUCUAAGCCUCGACAUGCAGUAGCCAAAGUAAGAAAACAGCUCCAGCUCAACUGGUGGCAUGUUGCAAGGGGCAGUGUGUGAGCAGAUGUUUACUCUUUGAAAACACUAAGCAAAAUAUGGUGCAGUCAGAAAAGCUUCCAAGGAGUUGGCAGUUGUGAACUAGAAAAUGGGCUGAACGUGUCCGUCCAGAGGAUUUUUAAAGAUUGCAGGAUUUUCUUGCAGCUUGGGGAGUUGAUGGGUCAUCCCUUAUUGUCAGGCUACUGUAUACACUCAAUUCUGCAUAUACUUCUAACUUUCUGGCUACUGCUCCCAGUAAAACCUCGUUAAUUAGGGUUUCACGGUACUGAAAAAAAAUCUCAGAAUUAACCGAACGUCGAAUUAUUGAGGGUAUCAAAAAACAAAUGUUUACUACAUUAACACACUUUUAUUUACUAAAUGAAUUGGCAAAUCCCAUUUCUGUUCUGCACAAAAGCAGUGCAAAAGCUGCCGUUCUCGUCAUCUCGUGGCUGAUUAGCACUCGCAACGCCAAAGGCCUGGCAACUUCGUUCACAGUACGGCCACGGUGCGCGUCUUCAGGCACGCUUUUCACUACUGCUCGCACAUCCAGAUUAUUUCUUCGCCAGAUCGCAGCUCAUCACGAUGUACGUGGUGCUCUUCAUACUCGACAGCUGUGCACUGAGUAAAAAUUAAACUACUAUUUGCCGCAACCGCUGCGGACAAAACUGCAGCCGCUAUUUUCGCGAUCAUGGACGGCGACUACGCAGUCAUGAAGGCACGCGGCUUUGCGCGGCAGUAAAUGCAAGAAUAAAGGCUUUAAAGGCACAAAUAGGCACGAAGCGUUCUGGCAUUGCUGUGAUUCACGUACGAUUUCCACUGACGACUUAAGUGGUGUGAACGUUGCUGCUUCAGUUCAAUCGACGCUAACACGAUUUUUGCUCUUUUGCGUCGCAAAUUUGCAGCGGUCGCCGAGCUCCAAGAGUUGUCCAAAUUGAACAAUGUACAGCCGUAUACGUCCGAAUUAACAAGGUUCAUUGCAUUAAAUAAUGCAUAUGCCUGCCGGGACCAAAGGACAAGUCUGAAUUAUGAGAUUUUCCAAAUUAACAAGUGUCGAAUUAAUGAGGUUUUACUGUAAUUGAGUUAAAUGAAUCCAAGUUGCUGGAAUAUGGCAUUUUAUAGGUUCAUCUGUGUUGCUACGCAGAAGAGUGAAGAAACAGCUUGCAUAAGCAGUAAUCGCCAAACUGAAUUCUUGCAGCAUGACGUAGACUCUUGCUGAUGCGCCCUUAGUGGUCCGCAAAUACAUCUCGGAUCAUUCAUCAGGCAAAUGUCACAUGCCCAACUACAGUCGACUUCCAUAAUUCGACCUUGAUGGGACCAACAGAAUUGAUCUAAUAAUCUGGCAAGUUGACAAAUUCAAGUUAGACUAGGCAGAAGGAAAUUCCCAAAUGCACUGCUGCUUUAUGUGGCAGUAUUUAUCCUAUACUAGUGCACUUCUGAAUCUAAUCCACGCCCAGUGUUUAGAAGUUCAAAGUAGGAAGCAAUGUACAUCCAAAUGUAACACGCACCUAACUUUAAUAUUUAAAAAAAUGUAGUAUGCCCCCAAUUCUGGCAGUGAUAAAAAAAUGAAAUGUGCAGAGUUUAUCUUCACAGAAUGCAAAUGUCAUCAUCAGCCUAAUUUAAUGUCUACUGCAGGACGAAGGACUCUCCUUGCUAUCUCCAAUUACCCCUGUCCUGCGCUAACCGAUUCCAACUUGCGCCUGCAAAUUUCUUAAUUUCAUUACCCCACCUAGAUUUCUGCCAUCCUCAACUGCGCUUUCCUUUUCUUGGCACCCAUUCUGUAACUGUAAUGGUCCACCGGUUAUCAGUCCUACACAUUACAUGGCCUGCCCGCUCCAUUUUCUUCUCUUAAUGUCAAUUAGAAUAUCGGCUAUCCCUGUUUGCUCUCUGAUUCACACCACUCUCUUCCUCUCUUUUAACAUUACCCUAACAUUUUUCGUUCCAUCACUCUUUGCGCAGUCCUUAAAUUGUUUUUGAGCUUCUUUGGCAACCUCCAAGUUUGCACCCCAUAUGUUAGCACCGGCAGAAUGCACUGAUUGUACACCUUUCUUUUCAAUGACAGUAGUAAGCUUCCAAUCAGGAUCUGGCAAUGCCUGCCAUUUGCACUCCAAUCCAUUUUUAUUCUUCUGUAAACUUCUUUCUCAUGAUCAGGGUCCCCUGCGAGUAAUUGGCUUAAACGUACUCCUUCACAAACUCUUAAGAGUCUGACUGGCGAUCCUGAACUCUUGUUCCCUUGCCAGGCUAUUGAACAUUAUCUUUGUCUUCAGCAUAUUAAGCUUCAACGCUACUCUUUCACUUUCUCUGUUAAGGUCCUCAACUGUAAUUCGACCCCAGUGUUGUUGAACGGGACGAUGACAUCUGCAAACCAAAGGUUACCGAGAUAUUCGCCAUUGAUCCUCACUCCUAUGCCUUCCCAGUUUAAUAGCUUUAGUACUUUUUCCAAGCAUGCAGUGAAUAGCAUUGGAGAGAUUGUGUCUCCUUGCCUGACCCCCUUCUUGAUAAGUAACUUUUUACUUUUCUUGUGGAGAACCAAGGUAGCUGAAUCUUUGUAGAUACUAUUUCCCAAGAUACUCGUGUAUGCCUCCUGUACUCGUUGAUUACGUAAUGCCUCUGUUGUGACUGCUGGUACCUCUACUGAAUCAAAUGCCUUUUUACAAUCUAGGAAAGCCAUAUAGAGAGGCUGAUUGUACUCUGCGAAUUUCACAAUUCCCUGAUGCGAUUCAUUGUAGAAUAUCCCUUCCUGAAGCCAGCCUCUUCUCUUGGUUGACUGAAGUCAAAUGUUGCCCUUAUUCUAUUGGAAAUUACCUUGAGGAAUAUUUUAUGCAAUACUGAGAGCAAGCUAAUAGGCCUAUAAUUUUUCAAUUCUUUCCUGUGGAUUCACCUUCCUGUGGAUUAGUAUAAUAUUAGCAUUCUUCCAGUUGUCUGGUACACUUAAAGUCAUGAGGCAUUGCAUAUAAAGAGUUGCAGGCUUUUCCAGCAUGAUAUCUCCUCCAUCUUUGAUUAAAUCGACUGUUAUUCCAUCUUCUCCUGCCACUUUUCCCUGGGUCACGUCUUGCAAAGCCCUUCUAACUUAUCGCUAGUUGUAAAAGGAGCCUCUGUAUUCUGUUCAUUACUACAUGAAUGAAGAUAGCGUGGCUGCUCUGGGUAAUGUACAAGUCAGUAUAGAAUUCUUCCACUGCUUUUACGAUAUCUUCUAAUUUGCUGGUGAUAUUACCCUGCUUAUCUUUCAGUGCCUACAUCUUGGCUUGUCCUGUGCCAAGUUUUCUUCUCGCUGAUUUCAUGCUGCAUCCAUUUUUUGCUGCUUCCUCAAUCUUUCUCACAUUAUAAUUUCGAAUAUCCCUUACUUUCUCCUUGUUGAUCAAUUUUGUAUAUUGAUCAGUUUUGUAUUCAAAUAUAUUUUCACGUAAUGUUCAUUGUCAUCACUCUCGCACAGCUUUUCAUCACUACAGGCCGCAAAUUCUUCAUGUGGUACACUGCAUUUGAUAUUGUCAAUUUCUUGAAUGACUCCACAACAAUCGCGAAAGGGAUCAUGGCCCAUGCCUAGACUAACCACUUCACCAGAUCGUCAUGCAAUGCAAGACACCGAUACAAUGAAAUCAUAUGAUGUGGCUCUGUUGCCACUAGCUUAGCGUGUAAAAUAACUUUUCUUUUGAAUGAGCUCUUGUAACGAAAGCAGCACAUUGUCGUCUUGCCGUUACAAACCUACUCGAAAACUUGUUCUGUCGCCAUCUUUAAUGACUCUGACUCUGACAAGUAGGCUGUUGCCAACACCGCGACUGCAGUUUAGGUUUCAUAUUUGAUUGUAGCAGAAAUUUUCAGACCCUUGGAAAAAAACGGUACAUGUUUGAAUUGGGUAAAUAUGGUUAUCAUUUAUUGUGAGCUGCCGUCUUGCAUUUGAAACUCUAUGAAAGCAGGCCAAAAACCGGCAUUUUCUACAAGAAAUAGCAUGUCUGGUGAUGCUGUAUCCAUUGUCCUCUAGAGCUGCCAGGGCAGACGCUGCAGCCAUUUGGGUCACACUUUGGAUAACUGUGGGGUCGGUCAAGUCCGAAUUAUCCAAUAAGGGCUAAUGCUAUAAAAAUAACUAAUGUCUUGGCCCAUAGAAAGGUAUGGAUGCCAAGCUGGACCUUCAAUCUGGAUCGAAUUAACCAAGAAAUCAGAUUAGCUGUAGUCAAACUAAUGAAAGUCUGCUGUAUAUCAAUAUACCAAUGCGACAUUGAAAAAAACAGUGCUAGAUUGAGGAAAACUUGGAGCUUUCCAUGCUGAUGAAAUGAAGGGGAAAUUUUUGUUUGUUGUGAGGCCCUGCGAGAUUUGUAUUAUCGAGAUUCUACUGCACGUAGCUGUAGAUUUUCAAGUUGGAAAUUGUAAUAUAUGUUGAAGGUCGCAUGUUUUUAUUUGUACUCUCAAGCAUGUAUAAUUUCAACAAAUGGGACAGUUGAAAAGAGUCAAAACAACCAUCAUGGGCCAGUGCUUGUCUCUUUUCAUGUAUGUUAUAUUCUUGAGAUUAUGUUCUGCAGUUAGUGAGCUGGAAGUUACCCUUACAGGAAGUGCUAGUUAUAUAGCAUAUAUUUUUCUUUUCAGCCUGUACAAAACAUAUGUAGCUUAUGUGCUACGUGUUGGACAACCACUUUUAGUACAAUGCCAGUUUGAUAGCGGGCACAUUCUCUUUUAAAGCAUGCCGCUAUGCUGCUGGCUUAGCAGACAUAACAUUUUUCAUCUCCAAGAGAUGACCUUGUCAACAAAGGCUUUACACCUCUGCUAAGGUGCUGACAAAUGUACAGCUUCUCUAGGGCAUUGUAAUAUACAGCAUUGUAUAUAAGGAAUGACUGAGGACAAAAGUGGACGGUGUGAUCGAAGCAGUUGCACAAAGAUGCCAUUUACUGUCCGCAUUUGAUACUAAAAAGAUAAAAGGGGAUUUUUUUUCAUCUUCUAUCUGCUACUGAUAACCCAUGUCCUGCAAGUUGAAGGUUUACACUGUUGCCUUUAAAAGGGUGUGAUAGUUCAGCAAAUGUCAGCGCACAUUGUUUACUUGUAUGCACCCAAGUUUGUCCAAAGUUAACAUUGUAUAACAUGCAGCCCCAGCUUAGAUGCUAGUUUUUAAAGGCAGCUGGAAGCACAGGUGCACAUUUCUUUUUUCAUGAAACAAAGCUAGUGCCAUUGUUUGUUAUUUGUCACCAUGCUGUAGCAAGGACUUUUACUUGGAUAAGUGGGGCAUUGAGAAAUUUAGCACCACCAAGGCAGUUAAUUUUAGUGGAGCAACAAUGUUUAAUUCCCAUUGAAGGGAGGAUUUGCUAUAGCCAGUAGGUGUGCAAAGCCCAUGUGAUAACUGUAUAGCAUUUGUUCUUCAUCGUGGAUGCUUAGAGAAAAAGUUAUACAAGUGUGUAAAAACAAAUAACUUGUCUUUGAGGUCUCUUUUUUUGUCCUUUUUUUUUUUUCUUUUUUCUUCCACAUCGAUGUUGGAAUGUGGUCUAGUCUGGAGAGGCAUUAAAUUUAUAUACGAACAUGAAGGAAAGGCAUAGCAUUGGGGUGCAGAACUGUUAGUGUUCCUGUAUAUGACCCUAUAGUGAGCAAAGUUGCAUGUCUUCCUUCCAUAUGCCAUUUGCCAUAUGUCCUGCCAUAUGCCAUUUGCCGAGCACCGUAAUAUAAUUUUUAAUAUUACUGUUAAGCGGGAAAGCCUAUUGCCACACUACUAUGCUGCGCUCAAUUUAAUGCUGCUGACAGCACCUGCUCUUUUGGUUUGCUGUUUCUAAUUUGAGCUGCUCCUGCGAAGUAUUUAAGUGUUUGUAUUGUCCAUAAAAUCAUUACCACUCCUAUGCUAUGUCAAACAGAGCUUCUCUAGCACUGCAUCUCUAUUGGGCACAUUCCUAUUUCUCUUGGGUGUACACCCCAUUUGUGUUGAAAUUUAGCCCAGAAACAAUGAUUUGGAACAUCUGUCCAAUUUUUGUGAUGCCAUUUGUGUGGCUUGUUCGGAACUAGCAAGAAUACACACUGAAUAGCAAGGCCUAAGCAAGCAGGAAAAGACUCUACCUCAUCCAUGGAAUGCAAAUGCAGCUGUGUAGCACAUUUUGUACAGCCCAUGCUGCUAACAUGCAGUUUUCAAGGUGGCAAAGUAUAUGUGUAUGAUAAAUGAGUGCUAGCGGUGUGUUAUUAAAAUAGCAGUAGCAAAUAAAUUGCAAAUUCUUGUGGUAGUCUUCAAGUAUGGCUUCUUGAAGAAUGGCUACUUUCUUUCCCAAACAACAAUGGAUAUUACGAUGACUGGCUUUCAUGCAACUGUGCUCCUAACAGGGAGCAUAGACAGGAACUUAAAAAAAUUAUUUCUGCUGUACCUGUUCAACAUAAGGGCAUCAUCCUUUCCUCUACAUGCAAUGUGCACUCUCCAAAGCUUACUACUCCUAUAUACUUUUGGCUUUUUUGGUAGUUUUUUGCAGUUGGUGCAUUGGCUGGCACAAGUGCGUCUGCUGUGUAGGAUUCGCUGCACAUUACCCAAAGAAUGAUUUUUUUUAUGUACAUAAUGCUAGUCCCUUGUUUGCUUUUCUUUUUUUACUGUGUAAUAAAAACGUUUCCACAGUGACUGUUUUUACUGUGCAAAUUGUUUGACCUGAUAGAUGCCCUCUGACAUUUCAAGAUCUUGCAUUUUAUUCUGGAGUCUUGUUGAGCAUUUAGCAGGCUUACUAUCUCAAGUUUGUUGGCAGAAAUUUGUGCAGAUUUUUUGUCUCAAUUAAUUUGGACAUUAAACAUCAAACCUUCAAAAUGAUCUGCAGCCUUGUACUGCCUGUAGUAUAUUGCAAUAAAAUUUCAUUUCAUUUGAA